GUGCAGGCGCUAUAUAAACGUUAUAGUAAGAUCCAAUUAUUUUUUUAGAGUGACUAAUACGACGGUGUUAGAAUGUUGGGUUAGAUGCAUAAUAAACUGUGAUGGUUCGUUAUUUAAUUGAAUAUUUCUCUGGCUGUCUUGGAGGAAUAGCAGGAGUGUUUGUGGGUCAACCAUUGGACACAAUAAAGGUUCGUUUACAAACACAGGGGGGCAAAUACAGAGGUGUAUGGCAUUGUUUUGUCUCAAUAACUCAAAAAGAGACGGUGUAUGGAUUAUUUAAAGGUAUGGCAUCCCCCAUGUUAGGGGUUAGCCUUAUCAAUGCUAUUGUGUUUGGUGUGCAAGCACAGGCGAUACAAGCAUUAGGCAAGGAGACUCCAUACACUCAUUUCAUUAGUGGUGCGUUCGCUGGCUCGUUGCAGUCAGUGGUAGGGGCUCCUAUGGAACUUGCGAAAACUCAAAUGCAAGUACAAGGCAUCGGUACGAGAAAAGCUCAAGAAAAAGUAGUUUACAAGGGAUCAGUCGAUGUUUUGCGAAAAACUUAUAAAUCACAAGGAAUACGGGGUUGUUAUCGUGGCUUGGUUAUCACACUGAUGAGAGAAACACCCGCGUUUGGUUGCUACUUUGCAACAUAUGAUGUUUUAACUUCCACUGUGCUACGUGUAAAUAAACAUGAAACUUAUACAAUGGACGGAAUAAGUAAGAUGUUACUUGCUGGUGGAUUUGCUGGCAUUGCUUCAUGGGUGAUCACGUAUCCAGCUGAUGCAAUUAAAUCACAUAUACAAGCUGAUGGAGCAGGGGGAAGACCUAGGAAAUAUAAUGGAAUAAUUGACUGCACUAAAAAGUUAUAUUCUUCUGAAGGAUUAUCAGUAUUUUUCAGGGGUUUAAACUCAUGCUUGUUGCGCGCCUUUCCUGUUAAUGCCGCAACAUUCGCAGUGGUGCACGUCUCGGUUCAAUAUUUAAACAGCUUUUUCUAAGAAAUCCAAUCUUGUUUUUACCUAAGUUGCAAAACCGCUAGAAAAUACAGAAAGCUUGAAAUUUCUCUGCAAAGAAAUGUUAACAAUUACCAAGAUACACAACUUAUUCACUUUGUACUUGCCAUGUAUUUUUCUACAACACAUUGCACUGUUUACCUUUCACUCUGCCCUUGUCAGAUACACAUAGUAUAUUGCACUGGAAAACAGUGGGUUUUAAUUUUAUGUUUGCUUCAAAAUAGCAUCAGUGCCUUUUAUUAUAGAUUUUAGUUCCUUGAUGCAAAUUUUUCAUUGUUUUGUAUGAAUUUAAAUUCUAUGAAUAAGGUUGUUUUAAAACAUUGUCUACUAUUGCUCAAAUUAUGUGAUCAAAUCUACAUUUUUAUUGUGUACGACUUAUUUAAAAUAAAUUGAAGAAAAGAAA